AUGCCUGUUGUUAAUGAGAACCUCAUUGGAAUUUCUAAUCCUGCCAUUGCUACUAAUAAUUUUGAGUUGAAGCCGACAUUGAUUAAUAUGGUGCAACAUAAUCAGUUCGGGGGUAUGGCUACUGAAGAUCCUAAUAUUCAUCUAGAAAUUUUCCUAGAGGUGUGUGUUACAAUGAAGAUGAAUGGUGUUUCUGAUGACGCUAUUAGACUACAUCUCUUUCCUUUCUCUUUAAGGGAUAGAGCAAGGAGUUGGUUGCAAUCUCUGCCACUAGGGUCCAUUAAUACAUGGGAUGAAAUGAUUGCUGCCUUAUCUAAUCAAGUGGCUGCCUUAAAAAGCAAAACUAGCCUAUCUAUCAUUGAGAGCAUUGAUGAUGCUGCAUCACAGUCUGGGGUUGGUUUGAAUCAAGAGCAAGCACAAUAUGUGUCUCAUGGAAAUUACAACUACCUGAGUAACAAUAUGCCAAAUUAUUAUCAUCCGGGGUUGAGGAAUCAUGAGAAAUUCUCUUAUAAUAAUAACAAGAAUGUCCUGCAACCACCUUCUGGUUUUAAUGCUCAGCCACAAGCAGAGAAGAUGCAAUCUUUUGGGGACAUAUUAGGUACUUUUAUGAUGGAGACCAACAAGAGAUUUAAUAAGAAUGAAGUAAGGUUGGAUAAUAUUAAAACUCAUAUGUCUAACAUGGGGGCUACAAUGAAUUCCAUGGCGGUUCAAGUGGGACAAUUGGCAACUACGACUGGUUCUCAGCAGAAAGGAGAUUUUCCUAGUUACACAGAAGUGAACCCUAAAGAGCAAUGUAAAGCCAUUUAUUUGAGAAUUGGUAAGGAGUUUGAAGGAGUAUUCCUAAAGAAGAAACUUGAUGAGAAAUUUGCCAAGUUUUUAGAGAUAGUCAAGAAGAUUAACAUCGACAUUCCAUUUGUUGAUUCUCUUGAGCAAAUGCCCAAUUAUGUUAAGUUUAUGAAGGAGGUUAUGUUAAAGAAAAGAAAUUUUGAGGAUUAUAAGACUAUGAAGCUUACAAAGGAAUGUAGUGCCAUACUUAAGAAAAAACUGCCACAAAAGCUAAAGGAUCCAGGUAACUUAACUAUUCCUUGUAAUAUUGGGGGAUCGUCAUUUGAUAAGGCUUUGUGUGACCUUGGUGCUAGUAUUAAUUUGAUCUUGUUAUCAAUUUUUAAGAAGUUGGGUCUUGGGGAGGUAAAGCCUACAACCAUUACUUUGCAACUUGUUGAUCGUUCUUUUACAUAUCCACAUGGGGUUAUAAAAUAUGUUUUAGUUACUCUGGAUCAGUUUGUAUUUCCUGCUUAUUUUGUGGUGUUGGAUAUGGAGGAGGACCAUGAGAUUCUAUUGAUUCUUGGUCACUCUUUCUUAGCAACUGAUGGAGCACUUAUUGAUGUACAAGCAUAUCAUUUAACAUUGCGAGUUAAUGAAGAGAAGGUUCGAUUUGAUAUUUACAAUGAUGGGAAUUAG